AAUUUGUUACGCGUUAAGAUCAACAAACACAACUAUUUUUCGAAUAAUUUUCUUCUAAGUUACUUCAUCUCAAUUGUUUCAUUUAUCUUUCUCUCUUACUCAAAGUUAUCGGGUGAUUGAACAAAAUUACAGGACGCAUCGACGUAUAUUUCAUUGUGCACCUUCCUCACAACAAAAAUAUUAUUAUUAUUGCAAUUUUUAUUGCUAUUGUGCAAUAAAACGAGUGCUCAUAAAAUGAUGCUCGCAAUCUUGUUAAGUACAAUUUUAUUUCUAUUUGCAUUACAUUGUGUUAUAAGAUAUAGAAGAAUAGGAAGACUUUUAAGUAUUAUUCCAGGACUUCACGAAUAUCCAAUAAUUGGGAAUUUGUAUCACUUUCAAAUUAGAAAUGAAGAAAUAGUUGAGAAAUUCGCGAGAAUAAGUAAUAAAUAUUAUCCAAUUUUCAAGAUUUGGUGCUUCUUUUUUUCGGCAGUAGUUUUACUCGAUCCUGAUGAUAUUCAGGAACUAUUAAAGAGCAAUGAAAAUAUUGAGAAAGCUGCUUUCUACAAAUAUCUUAAGCUCUGGCUUUCUAAUGGAUUAUUAACUAGCGGUGGUGAAAAAUGGCACUUACGACGAAAAAUGUUAACUCCUGCAUUUCACUUCAAUAUCCUUACACAUUACUUUACUAAUUUACAUGAGGAGUCACAAAAUCUUGUCGAAUCUCUUAAAAAGGAGGCAGAUGGAAAUCUUAUUGUCAAAGAUUUACGAACAUUUAUCAGCCAGUAUACUCUCAACGCAAUAUGCCUAACAGCUUUCGGUACAAAAUUGACAGGAAAAAGCGAGGUGGAAUUGAAAUAUCGUAAUGCGGUCCAUGCUUAUGGCAAAAUUAUGGUGUACAGAAUUAUGAGACCUUGGUACUAUUUCGAUACAAUAUUUGCAUUGACAUCACAUGGUAGACUACAAAAAGAAGCGUUGAAAACGUUGCACAGUUUUUCGAGAAAUAUUAUUGCGGAAAGGAAACGUUUUCACAAACUAACUAAUAGGAAAUAUUUGCAAAUCUAUAAGAAUAUUGAGGAGGAUGACGUUUUUGAUAAGGAUAUGCCGUACAAGAGAAAACUUUCUUUGUUAGAUCUGCUUAUAGUCGCGUCUUGGAAAGAUAAUCAAAUAGAUGAGGAAGGAAUUCGUGAAGAAGUUGAUACUUUUAUGUUUGAAGGCCACGAUACUACUGCAAGUGCACUGACUUUUGCUUUGAGUCUUUUUGCUAAGCACAAAGAUGUCCAGGAAAAUAUAAGGGAGGAAGUUAAAUCGGUUAUGCAAGAAGAUAAUAAUUUCACGAUAUCGUCUCUUCAAAAACUUUCGUAUUUGGAGAGAUGUUUAAAAGAAUCCCUUCGUUUGUAUCCAAGCGUCCAUCUAAUAUCUCGUCAAAUUACUCACGAUAUGCAGCUAAAACAUUAUUUAAUUCCAUCUGGUACUAUCUGUGAUGUAAAUAUUUACUACGUGCACAGAAAUCCAAAAUUUUGGCCAAAUCCAAAUGUUUUCGAUCCGGACAGAUUUUUACCGGAAAAUAUGAAAGGGCGACAUCCCUACUCCUAUAUUCCAUUUAGUGCGGGACCGAGAAACUGUAUUGGUCAAAGAUUCGCAAUGCUAGAGCUUAAAAUGUUUGUAGCAUUUAUAUUGCACAAUUUUGAAUUGGAACCUGUGGAUGAAUUAGAUGACGUUAUAUUUUCUGCAGAUCUCACUUUGACCUCGUCUAAACCAUUUCGAGUCAAAUUUAUAUCUAUUGUAUAGGUAUUUUUUAUAUACGUUGUCCUUAAAAAAAAAUAAAAAUUCAAAUACAGUUUUAGAGAAUUUAUUCGUAAUUGGUAAAUAUUGUUAGAGUAUAAUAUGAAAUUGUAAUUUACUUUGUAUAACUAAUAUAUAUAUAUACGUUUUUAAAAC